AUGGCGGUUAGAUACCCAGUCGACGAUUGGCUACAUGUUUUUACCGAUGGUUCUCAAUUUGACUGCCAUUUUAAUGUAGGGGCUGGUGUCUUUUCGGAACUUUUCUCUUUCUACGUACCAGCAGGAUACAUUGGCACCGCCUUUGAUGGAGAAGUAGUGGCCUUGAGUACGGCCUUACAGCAGCUACUGGCCCUCCAACACAAAUCUGAAAAUGCAGUUCUCUUCUCGGACUCACAGGCGGGCAUACAAUCAAUUAGCUCACAUAAACGUCCCUUGACACCUGAGAUUUCCCGAUGUCAAGACCUUUUGAGGUCUUUAUUUUUGAGGGGAAAACGAAUAGUCCUCCAGUGGGUGCCAGCCCAUUGUGGUGUUUGGGGCAAUGAGCAGGCAGAUUUACUUGCCAAGAAAGGUGCCAAUUUGCUAUAA